UCUUUUCCUUUUUUAUUCCCGCGCUUUAAAUGCCACUUUUUUAAUUAUUUUAUUUUCCGCUUCUAUUCUGUCUUCAGCCUCUCUCUUUUGUCUUGUUCGUCAAAGUUGUUUCCUCUGCUUUUUUUCUUUUCUUUUCCAUAGCAGAACAGACGCUCACACUCUCCCUCGAUAAUCUUCCUCGUAUUUCCUUUACCCAUAAAAGCAAAAAAAAAGAACCCACAAAUUUUCAUCUCCACAAACCACUUUUUCUCUCUUCAAUUCCUUCUACAAAUCCCUCUAAUGGAGACAUUCAAAUGCAGAUCAGUCCCUAAUGGCAAGAGCAAGCUAGCUCGAACGUUCCAAAAAGUAAUCAAAAUCAGAACUGCAACCAAGGUAGCCUCUAAUAACAAUGGCGUUGGUCAUGGCAUUGGGAUUUGUAUGCUUACAUCGCAACAUAGAUUCGAAGGAGGAGAUUCCCCCACAUUUUGCAGGUCCAACAGCAGUAGUACGGAAAAACAGGGAGAAGUGAAGGCGAGGCAGAGAGCGGUGAUGGAGGCUUUGGUGGCCAAGCUCUUCGCCAGUGUCACUUCCAUCAAGGCUGCAUAUGCAGAGCUUCAAAUGGCGCAGAGUCCCUACAACAGCGAAGCGAUUCAGGCGGCGGACCAGGCGGUUGUUGAUGAAUUGAAGGCCAUUUCUGAGCUGAAGAGAAGUUUCUUAAAGAAAAUACUCGACUUUUCUCCUCAGGUUACUAUGAUGCUCGCAGAGAUUCAAGAACAGCAGAGCUUGAUGAAGACUUACGAGAUCACGAUCAAGAAACUGGAAUCCCAAGUUGAGAUUAAAGAGUAUGACAUUUCUUCGCUCAAGAAAAAACUUGAUGAUUCAAUUGGGUAUAACAAAUCACUGGAGAACAAACUGAAUGCUAGUGGGUCUUUGUCAAUGAUCGAUUAUAUCCAGGUUUCAAGGUUGAAUAUAACCAAUUUUGUACAGGUUUUGCAAUACACAUUGAGAUCUAUGAGGAGUUUCGUUAAACUGAUGAUCCGAGAAAUGGAGUUGGCACAUUGGGAUUUGGAUUCAGCAGCCAGAGGAAUAGAACCAGACGCAGUGUUUACAAACCCAAGCCAUCGUUGUUUUGUGUUCGAAUCGUUUGUUUGCAGAACAAUGUUCGAAGGUUUCAAUCAACCCCAUUUCAUGCUCACAAGCGAAACCCAGAAACAAGAUAAGCCUCCGACUGAUUACUACAUCAACAGAUUCAAAAAUCUCAAAUCUUUGACACCCAAACAGUUUCUAACCCAAAAUCCCAACUCCUCGUUUGCAAAAUUUACAAGAAUCAAGUACCUCUCAGUAGUACAUGCCAAGAUGGAGUGCUCUCUGUUCGGGAAUCUCAAUCAGCGGAAGCUAUUGAACUCUGGGAGCGUACCGGAUUCUGGUUUCUUCACGGGUUUUGCAGAGAUGGCGAAGCGGGUUUGGGUUUUGCACAGUUUGGCGUUCUCAUUCGGUGAAGAUGUUAAUGUUUAUCAGGUGAAGAAGAAUUGCAGAUUCUCAGAGGUGUACAUGGAUGCUGUUAGUGAUGAAUCGGUAAUGGUAUCCCCAAGUCAGAGUUCCAUACUGGGCAAGGAGAAUCUCAGAGUGGGUUUUACGGUGGUGCCAGGGCUCAAGAUCGGGAAAAAUGUUAUACAGAGUCAAGUCUACUUGCCAACGGCUACUUCUCCUUCUCCGGCGCGUCUUUGAUUCCGGUUUGUGAUUUUGUACCACACUAGGAAUCAAAAUUAUGACAUUAUAGAUUCAACGUGCCGGAGAAGUCUGUUUAGGCGAGCAUACUCUCCUUAAGCUAAUAGUCUUACGGAUCCUCCUGUGGUUUUUGUUUCAAAUAUCUCAAUUAUCAA